AUGAACGGCGGGGCUCUGCCGCCGCUGCCCCCCGCCGCGCCCCGCGGCCGCCGGCGGCCCGCCUCCCCCGAGCUGCUGCGCUGCAAGCGCCGCCUGGCCUUCGCCGCCCUGCCGGGCACCGGGGCGGCGGCGGCGGCCGCCGUGGCCCGGCGGAACGAGCGGGAGCGCAACCGCGUGCGGCUCGUCAACCUGGGCUUCGCCGCCCUCCGCCAGCACGUCCCCCACGGCGCCGCCAGCAAGAAGAUGAGCAAGGUGGAGACCCUCCGCUCCGCCGUCGAGUACAUCCGCGCCCUGCAGCGGCUCCUCGACGAGCACGACGCCGCCGCCUCUUUCCCCGACGGUCGCGGGCGGGUGGCCGUCGGGGAAGUUGGCGGCGGCGGCGGCGGCUACUCCUCCGCUUCUCCCUCCUUCGCCUCCUCCGCGCCCGGCUCGCCGUGCUCCUCCGAGGAGAGCGGCUACGACGCGGCGCUCAGCCCCGAGGAGCGGGAGCUGCUGGACUUCACCAGCUGGCUGGGGAGCUACUGACACGGCGGGAGCCGCGCUCAGCCCGCAGCACAUCGGCGCCCGCGGUCUCGGCGUGGCAGCAUCCCCCCGAAAGUACUGAUCUCCGCCUCGGCGUGGCCCCGCUGGCUGCUUCUCUCGCCGGUUCAGCCGUCGUCUUCUGGCUGUGGAAAGUGCAAUGGGACUGCGGGGUUCCGCUCCUUGCGCGGGGACAGCGGCUCCGUCUGCCCGCCGGGAGCUGCCGGCCCACGGAGAGGAUGCCCGAGUGAACCUGCUUUCCCCCGCCGCUGCUGGCUCGUGUUGCUU